UAUCCUGAACGACAUUUAGAAAAGCGGCAUCCAUUAGCAUUUAUGCCAUUUGGUGUAGGUCCGAGAAAUUGUGUCGGAAUGAAGUUCGCUCUGAUUGAAAUGAAAAUUGUUUUAACACGAUUAUUAAGACAAUAUACGAUCCUUAAAUCAACGACAUGUGAUAAAUAUUAUGCAAUUAAACCGUACUCUGAUGCAUCCGUAUUUCCACAUUAUGGGAACAUAUCAUUGUUUGAUACGGAAACAAAAUUCUUUUUACCAAUAGCUAAUUUUACAUUUGAUGUAAAUGAUACAUCCGAUCUGUAUUAUUUUGUCGCGGGUCCCGUAGCUGUUAACAUCGAUGAUUCUAUAAUUUAUAUGCCAGUAGAAUGUGCAACAUCAUUUCAAAGACUAUUAUUACUGUCAUAUAAUAUGAAAACGGGAAAAUAUUAUCAGAGUAAAUGGAUAUUAUCCAGUGGUGUUUUUCAUUUUCUUUUUUAUGAUCCGAUUAGAAGACGUCUCUUUGGUUUACGUGAUGUUAGUACAUUCACAUUUUAUAUGGAAGAAUAUGAUUUAAAAACGUUGGAUGUUGUGAAAGUUUAUACACAGCAAGAUGGUGAAAAAUAUGCAUUUACAUAUGCGGAAUGUUCAUCAUUUGAUUAUAAUGAAAACUGGUGUAGUACAAUUGGUAAAAAAGAAGAUAUUGUUACCGAAUUUCGUCUUAUGCCUGAUGUACAUAAUUUUGUUACAAUGACAUACGAUAUUGAAAUUACGAAGCUUAUUUUGUGUACAUGGCAACAUGGAUCGAUUGAUCGUGAUAUAAUUAUGUUUCAUUUAGAUCCAUCUACAGGUAAAUUUCCCGUUGCAAAUAAAACUCGAACAUUAUUGAAAACUGAUCAUAAAUUAAUUGAUUAUGCCCAAGCUGUAUGGAAUCCAGAACAGAGAGAAGUGUUGUUUAUGAUAACAGAUGAAGAUGAUGACAUAAAUUAUAUGAUCAGAGUAAACUUUGAUACAUUGGAAAUAUUGGAAAAAAAAGUAAUUAAUGAGAAACAAAUACCAGCAUUUGCCUGGUGGAAAUAUUUAUAUUUUUUGUGA